AUGUCGUCCAUGCGCAAUGCGGUCCAGCGCCGCAACCACAAGGAGCGCGCUCAGCCGCUUGAGCGCGAGAAAUGGGGGCUUUUGGAAAAGAAAAAAGAUUAUAAGCUGCGCGCAGCGGAUCACAAGGAGAAGAAGAAGAGAUUAAAACUCUUAAAGCAGAAGGCGUUGGAGAGGAAUCCGGAUGAGUUCUCUUUUGGAAUGAUGUCCUCGAAAGUCGACUCCGCAGGCCGCAAAAUAGCCGAUCGAGGGAAUAAGCCGUUGUCCAUGGAAGUCGUCAAGCUACUCAAAACACAGGAUGCGGGAUACAUACGGACGAUGCUGCAGAUGGUGCGGAAAGAACGGCAAAAACUGGAAGAGAAGAUUCUGUUAGAAGGGAAGCAGGUGGUGCCACUGGGAAGGGAACAUGAGGGCAAGAGGGCAGGGCACACGGUAUUUGUGGAGGGAAAAGAGGAACAGCGGAAAUUUAAGCCUGACGACUGGUUUGGAAAGGGCGGCGAGUGGCCAGACAGAGAAAAGAGGCAAAGGAAGGCACGAGAUGAUGCGGAGGAGGAGGAAGAGGAAGAAGAGAAGCCGAAGAAGUUGACCAAGAAGCAGCUGGAGGCGAAGUUGCGGGAGGAGAAAGAGAAGAGGGCUUUGCAGAAGCGAAGAGAGCGGACACAAGAGAGAAUGGAGAUACAUUUGGAAGCUGUGAAGAAGAGGGAGAGGGAGUUGAUGGCGGCUGAGCAGGAGCUGGAGAUGCAACGGGCGAAGAUGAACGGUUCGGUCGGUGGCGUGAACAAGGAUGGCGUCAAGUUCAAGAUUAGGCAGAGGAAGAAAUGA